AGGGAAUCGCAUGUGCACAAAUAGCGCGCUGUUGGGCUGAAGACGCUGCGGUGACAAACAGCAGCCCCUAAGAUUGAUACGCUCUCGGUCAGUUCCUGGCGUGUCACCGUGUUUGAGUGUUGCUUCAGUGCAGCGAAGAUGCCUCACUGAAGCCUAACGUUACCUUAAAAAAGAGGAACCAGUGAAAUCAUUUGAAGGACAACUGCAUAUUAUGGGCUCAGCUUCAUAUGUGUCUUUGCAACAUCACUGAAAAUAGCGUGAGAGGAGACAAAAACAAAUAGAGUGGAAGAAAGAGACCUUCAGCAACCCAGAGGGGGCCUCCAGCAGAUGGCCGAUGGUGGAGCUGCUCUCUCAGGGACAUGCUUUCAGUUUAAGGAUGGAACAAGGUGAAUCAUUCCUUGACCAGCGGAGGAAGCUCAGUCAAAUCUAAUAAUGUUUUAUAAAUGAGGAACAAUUCAGUACAUUUAAAAAGCACAGUACAAGAAAAGAAAAUACUACAAUGGCUGGUGAAUUCACAAAUUCACAAAGGGCAGCUCCAUUCAUGGCCAACAGAUGAAUUGGGACCCCACCACAUGUGUAGAUCAGGGUACAUAUACAGAGCGUACCUGGCAUGUGGAUUUCUUCCAUUUGACUCCACUACUCACACAAAAAGUGGACUCAAUUGCGUCUAAUGUUUAGAAGCCUUAAAAAAAAAAAAACAGUUAUCUAGUGUUUGUCUGGGUGAAGAUGACGAGUGUCUGAGCCACUGUGGAGAAAUGUUUAACGUUAAGGUGGAACCACCUGUUGGAAGAGGAUGUAUGAAAGACUGGUUUUCAAAAACUACAACAAUGUACUGCACACAACAAGUUCCUGUCCGUGUUUCUUUGCUCCGCAUCCCCAUCUUCCUACUCGUCUUCUCCCUGGUGACACCUGCUCUGUCCAUUCAUAUGGAGUUCAUAGAGAGCCACAGUGAGUUCAGCUGUGAGCCCAUCAGACUGAGAAUGUGCCAGGACCUGCCUUAUAACACCACCUUUAUGCCCAAUUUACUGAAUCACUACGACCAGCAAACAGCUGCACUAGCCAUGGAGCCUUUUCAUCCUAUGGUAAACCUAGUGUGCAGCCCUGACCUGAGGAUGUUCCUGUGUGCCCUGUACGCCCCGGUGUGCACUGUGUACGGCCAGGUGUCCAUGCCAUGUCGAUCCCUCUGUCAGCGGGCGAAGGACGAGUGCCACAAAAUCAUGGAGGUAUUUGGAGUAGUCUGGCCAGAUGACAUGGAGUGUAGCAGGUUCCCAGAUUGUGACGAGCCAUAUCCUCGUCAAGAGGACCUGCUAACAGACUCUGACCCCACUGACCAGUCAUCCAUGACUGUCCAGAGAGAUUACGGUUUCUGGUGCCCCAGGGAGCUCAAGGUUGACCCAGACCUGGGUUAUACAUUUAUGGGCAGGAAGGACUGUUCUGCCCCGUGUCCCUCAAUGUUCUUCAACCAGCAGGAGCUGACCUUCAUCCGCUAUUUCAUAGGAGUUGUUUCUAUUGUGUGUCUGUCCGCAACGCUCUUCACCUUCCUGACGUUUCUCAUUGAUGUUACCAGGUUUCGAUACCCUGAGCGGCCAAUAAUCUUCUACGCUGUGUGUUAUGUCAUGGUGUCCCUGGUUUUCUUUCUGGGGUUCCUUUUGGAAGGCAGGGUAGCGUGCAAUGCAGUCAGCCCAGCCCAGUUCAGAGCUUCAACCAUAACACAGGGCUCACACAACAAGGUAUGCACCCUGUUCUUCAUGAUCCUGUAUUUCUUCACCAUGGCCGGCAGCGUGUGGUGGGUCAUACUGACAAUCACUUGGUUCCUGGCCGCUGUGCCUAAAUGGGGCAGCGAGGCCAUUGAGAAGAAAGCCCUCCUCUUCCACGCCGUGGCCUGGGGGCUCCCAGGGACCCUGACUGUCACCCUGUUGGCCCUGAACAAAAUUGAAGGAGAUGGGAUCAGUGGAGUGUGUUUCAUAGGGCUGUAUGACAUAGACGCCCUGAGGUGGUUUGUUCUGGCACCGCUCUGCCUCAACGUGGCGGUGGGUGUCUCUCUCCUGUUAGUGGGCAUUGUGGCUCUGAACCGGGUGCGCAUGGAGAUCCCUCUGGAGAAGGAGAACCAGACCAAACUGGUCAAGUUUAUGAUCCGAAUGGGAGUGUUCUCAGUUCUCUACCUGGUCCCCUUGUUGACUGUGAUUGGGUGCUACUUGUACGAACACACCUACCGGAGCAUUUGGGAGAUAACGUGGAUGGAGGAGAACUGCAGGCACUAUCACAUCCCCUGUCCAUAUAAGGUGGAGAAGAGCAGCCGGCCAGCCAUGGUCCUGUUCCUAAUUAAAUAUCUGAUGAUGUUAGUGGUGGGGAUCCCCUCUGUUUUCUGGGUGGGCAGCAAGAAGACCUGUUUUGAAUGGGCCAACUUCCUGCAUGGACGCAGACGCAAAGAUAGUGGGGUGAAUGAGUCCCGGCAGGUGCUGCAGGAGCAGCCAGACUUUGCCCAGUCUCUGCUGCGUGAACCCAACACUCCCAUCAUUAGGAAGUCCAGAGGAACAUCCACUCAGGGCACCUCUACCCAUGCCUCUUCCACCCACUUGGCUGUCCUAGACGACCUUGACGAACCGGUCAGAACUCACCAUGGCCACCCCACCUCCACCAGGAGUAAGGCCAGCAGCAUCCACAGCAAGGCCAGCUACCAUGGCAGCCUGCGCCGCACUCGUGACGACAGGAGUGAUACUAUGGUUUACAGAGGUACAGAGGAGCGCAGUUUCCAUGGCAGCAUGCCACAUCUCGACCACCCGCUCUCCACUCACAGCAGCCUCCAUCAGAUAGGCGGCCAUUCAAGGCAUGGCAGCCAGCGAGACGUGUCCGAGGCCCCACCUACCCUCAUCACCCACGGAACAACAGCAAGUGACAGCCAAGCUGCUGAAAAUGAAGGCACCAGCGCCUGAGAAGAACAACAACCUUCACAGGAAGUUAUUGUAAGGAUGCUGUCAAUGACCUUUUAAAGAACGUUUUGCCCCCAGCAGACACACACCUGUCUGUUUAGUGUGGAAGUGUUAUCCUCUAUGAAGAUGGACAAUGUACAAGUGCUGUGGUGGUGAUUUUUUGGUGUAAGUUCCUUGCCGAUCAUUUGUUAGCAUAGUGGCUAAAGGCUAACACAGUUCAGUUUAUGAACUUGACUGAUCUGUCAUAGAUACAGUGAAGUUUGACUGUCAGCUGGGCCAAGUUUGUUUACUUAAUUAUUUGAAUUUACACGGCAGUUGACUCCUGAAUGCUUGACUCAAACAGGCUGGGCCAUCCAGAAUAAAUAUCCUCAGACGUUUGGGGACAUCUGUGAUGGUGACAUUAUUCAGGGAUCUUUUUGGUUGUGCUCCGGUAAACCAGAGCUAGCAUUUGGCAGGAAACACUGAGGAGGAGUUGUCGUACUGUGGACAAGAAUGAAAUAUAUAUACACACACACAGAAAUUGUUUCUUACAGGUGGACUCUGUAUAAUUAGAUCCUGGAUUUGAAGGUUGGGCACCAGUUUGGUCUUGAGAGCAGCGUGACCAGUCUUAUGGUGGCAUUAUUUCCAAAUCCUGAUCUAUUACCAUCUUGCAGGACCUACGUAAAUAUUAUUAAAUAUGUGAACACUGCAGAGGAUUGCUUUUGUAACAAUCUUAACUGGUUUGCCCACUCUCUUGGUAAUGUCCGACAAAAUAUGACUUAUUUCAGUCUGACUGAGACUUGAUUAUUCCCAGUCCUUGUUUGUGGACUGCAGCUCUUAAUGAAUGAUGUUUAUCUUUAUGUGGCUUCAGAGGCCGACAAAUAUGGGCUUUAUGUGAAAUCGUGGACCUCUCUGUGAUUUAGUGAAAUAUUUUUUAUACUGUGAAAGUUGUCUCUCUGCUGCUGAAAGCUUCAGUGUGUGUGUGUGUGUGUGUGUGUGCGCGCAAGCGAGUGUGAAUAGAGACACAAGUGGUCAUAUAUGUUUUAAACUUCUCUCCUCCAGUGGUGAACAGAAAGUGUGAUGGAGGGAGCUGAAAGAUGAAAACUUGUGUAACCCAGAAUGUAAAAGGGUUUCAGAGUCAGAAAGAUGGAGAUAUAACAGGGACACGUUCGGGCAAAAUGAGCCGGAAUAACAUGUGUGCACUUAGACACACACUCACAUUUAUUCCAGCUCAGACUGCUUUUUGUGCCUCCCAAAACCAUUUUAGCAGUGACAUUUCUGCAUAGAGGCAUUAGCCUGACAGAUUAAAAAAGGCAGCUUUGGAAACAAGCACGGUGAGAGUUUACUUUUUGAACAAUUUCAUGUUCAGUCAGUUGUCAGCCAAUCUACGUCAAAGAGUCUAGGAAAUAAAUAGAAUAAAUACUGAUAAAGGUUAGCUAAUAACCAGAAUAUUGUAACACAAAUUCAGGUAUGUGUCAGUCACUGCACUCAAGCCUCAUGGCUGCAAAGACAGGAAUGCAAUUUAAAAAUGAAAACCGAUAACAGCGUCAAUUUUUAUUUUAAAAUUUGUUGCAUACAUGAGGCUGAACUGUUGAUCUUUGAGAGGAAGUGUUUUUUCCUAAUGUAAUUUUCACCACUGUACUUGAUAUAUACCUAAACUGCUACUGUACAUGCUCUUUACUCAUGUUUGUUGUGUUGUGUUGUUCAGACAUAGAACUCUGACUUACCCAAAGAGGUGCAGACAAUUGGCAGUUUAACUGAGAAAAAGAAACCGUUGCUUACUGCGCAUUGCUACAUUUUCUCCGGCAUUAUUUUACGUUUAAGUAAAUGUUACAGGAAGUGUUUAUUGUACAUGUUUUUCUAUAGUUUGUUUUUUUCCCCUCCAGUCCCUGAAGACCCAAUUAACCUACCUCACCUGUACCCUUGGCCUUCUCUGUACCUGCACAAACACACAGGCACACUAUUGGGUGCUUUUUGUAAAGUAAAAAAAAAAAUGUUGGAAACUCACACACGAAAAAUCGCUUAAUGUUGGUGCUUAUUUCUGAAGAAUCUGAACUUCUGUAAAAUUUUACCCAAAUCAGACUUCAAUUGACUCAUGGCUUCUGCCUUCUAACACACACACUCUCUCGUACAGACACAUCAGUUGAUAUAUCUGUAGCUGUCUGUCCUUCCCACAGUUGGAUUUUUUCUGUCUACCUCUUCAGUUCACGUAUACGUAGCUCUCUGGCCUUUCACUGCUGCCUCUCCCCUCCUGUCUGUCUAUACCUGUUUUAGGUUUCUCAUGACUAACUUCCUUCUUUCAACAUGUCUGCAUGUCUGUUGUACAUAGACUUUCUGUCCCAUCCGCUGACUAAUCUGCCUCAUAUUUGCCUUCUGCCUCUCCUGUAAAAUGUGCCCGCACCUGUCUUUUUUUGGACCUACAGCAACUGUCUGUACUCUUGCAAUUUGUGACUGCUUACAAACAUAAAGAAUUUUUUACCUCUGAACUGGACAUUAAAAUGAGACAUGCUGUGGUAAACACUGUCAUUUAACUGAAGAGGAAAUCUCUCCUUUUCAGCUAUUAGAUAUCUCAUUCUUGUCUAUGAUCUGUCUGCCACAGUGAGACAUGAGGAAGAGGAACUUUCCUUUCUCCUUGAUUUCUGAUGUCAUACAGUGAACUGCAGUUGCUUGAAAAUAUACAUUAUCAAUGAUGGUCCAAAAAACAUAACAAUAUUGUGAAUUCUGAAACUUGACUUGUAUUUGCCUUUUAAUUUAUUUGGGACUGUAAUGACUUAUUUUACAUGCAGUCUAAUAAACUUUUUAUAGACUUAA